UUGUUUUCCCAUGAAUCUUAGCGGAUUUGGAGGGAGGUCCGAGUUCGAAAUGCACAGAGACGUGUCAGUGGUUUUGUGAGUGUGAACGGUGAUUGGUCGGAAAGACGUAAGAUGGACCAAAGAGCAUUUUUACAGGGCCUGGAGAGGCAGAUGGGAACAACGCUGCCCAAUACAGUCACCUCCUGCCAGUCAGAGCUCCAGGAGCUGAUGAGACAGAUUGACAUCAUGGUGAACAGUAAGAAGGCAGAGUGGGAGAGGGAACUGCAGGCCGUGCAGGUGAAGCUUGAUGUCAGGGACAAGGAAGUCCUGAUGCAGAGAGCUACACUGGAGGCCAAGCACCAGGAGAUAGGGAAUUUGCGUCAGCAGUUGGAGGGGUUUGAGAGAGCCCAGAGGGACCUUGUGGCCCAAUAUGAACAGCAAGUGUCAGGGCUGCGAAAUGAGCUGACAAACCUAAAGACUAAGUAUGAGAAGCUCCAGCGGCACCAGCUGAAGAGGUCGUCAGGGUCGAGUGUGGAGAAGGACAGACUGUCUGCAGAACUGAGGGACAGCAGGACAGAGAUAGAGGCACUCAGAUCCAAAGUAGAGGACUAUCGUGGACGAGGGAAGGACUGGGACAGUCAGCGCAGGUCACUCCAAGGUCAGAUCCAGAGUCUGGAGGCACAGAGGAAGACUCUAGCAGAGAAGUGUGAACACAUGCAGCAACAGAGUCUCAGUUACCAGUCCCAGCUGAACAAGCGGAGGCAGAUGCUGGAGGGUGUGGAGUCGACUCACCAGGUGCAGCUGGCGCAGGUGGGGGAACAGCUGGAGAGGGCACGUGAUGACAUCAACAUGCAGGAGGAGACCAUCGAGAGACUCAAGGCUGAGCUGGAUGAUACCAUCUCUUCCAAAGACCAACUCCUGGGGGAGAAUGAACAGUUGAGGGAGGACCUGAGAAAAUCACAGAGGGACAACAGGAGGCUGGAGGACGAGGUGAAUAGACUAAACCUGGAGCUGCAGUCCCGAGAUGACCUGAUCCAGGCUGCUGAGAGGGACCAGAAGAACCACAGUAAGGACCUGUCACGACUGGAGGAGUCACUACACAUGAAGGACAAGCUCAUCAGGUCACUUGAGGAUGCCACCAGAAAAGAGGAGGCAGCUGAACUCAAUCAACUCAGGGAAGAACUCAGUAGCUGUAGGUCAGAAGCCAGAGCCUGCAGGAAAAAUGAACAGAGACUCAGAGAGGAGGUUGACAGGUUACAAGCUAGGUACAGUCACAGAGCCAGCAUCUGAUGCAUGAAACUCUCU